CCCGCCUAUAAGUACCCGGCACCCUCCUGCCAUCCUCCCUCCCCCUUCCCUCCUCUGCCCACUCGAUCACGCCCAGCUUCGUCUCACAACAAUGGCAGCUGCAUUGUUGUCGAAAUCACCGAGGCUUGUGAUCUGCGCCAUCCUCUGCGUCUUUCUAUUUUCAGAGGUCGGCGUGCUGCGGCAGGCGGCGGCGCUGGGCAUCAACUACGGGCAGGUGGGGAACAACCUGCCGCCGCCGCCGCAGGUGGUGCAGCUGCUCUCCUCGCUGCGGAUCGGCAAGGUGCGCAUCUACGACGUGAACCCGCAGGUGCUGUCAGCGUUCGCGGGCACGGGCAUCGAGCUCAUCGUCACGGUCCCCGACGACCUGGUUCCGGGCAUGGCCGCCAGCGCGUCCCAGGCGCUGCAAUGGCUCACCGCCGGCGUGCGCCCCUACUUCCCGGCCACGCGCGUCACGGGCAUCGCCGUGGGCAACGAGGUGUUCACGGGCGACGACGAGCAGCUCAAGGCCAGUCUCGUGCCCGCUAUGCGCAACCUGCACGCGGCGCUGGCGCAGCUGGGCAUGGACGCGUACGUGCGCGUGUCCACCGCCAACUCCCUCGCCGUGCUCUCCACCUCGUACCCGCCGUCGCAGGGGGUCUUCACGCAGGCCGCCGCCCCCUACAUGGCGCAGCUGCUGCGGUUCCUCGUCGACACCAGCGCGCCCUUCUGGAUUAAUGCCUACCCCUAUUUCGCCUACAAGGAUGACCCAACAAAGGUGUCCCUUGACUACGCACUGUCCAACCCUAGCCACGUCGGCGCCGUGGACCCCUACACGCACCUGCAGUACACGAGCAUGCUGUACGCGCAGGUGGACGCGGUGACCUUCGCGGCGGCGCGGCUGGGCUACGGCAACGUCCCCGUGCACGUCUCCGAGACCGGGUGGCCGUCCAAGGGCGACGCCAACGAGGCCGGCGCCACCGUCGAGAACGCCCGCCAGUACAACCGCAACCUGCUCAUGCGGCAAAUCAGCGGCGAGGGCACGCCGCUGCGGCCAAAGCUCCGGCUCGAGGUCUACCUCUUCGCGCUCUUCAACGAGGACAUGAAGCCCGGGCCGACCUCCGAGAGGAACUACGGGCUGUACCAGCCGGACAUGAGCAUGGUUUACAACGUCGGCCUCAACCAGCAGGCGACCAUGUCGGCGGCGUCCCUCUCCCUCGCCACGUCGCCGGCCAGCAGGAGGGAUGUAAGGAAGGACUUUGCCGGCCUGUGUCUCGUCACAUCUCUGGCCAUCCUGCUUAUCACCCAAGCUUUGCUCUUGUGAUAGCAAAAGGCACCCAACGCCGGCCGACUGCAAGGCCAGCAAAAUGGCCUUGCUUUUGUGGACCAAAAGCCUCUCCAAGACCAAAGGGGAGAUGGACCAUUCCAAGAGGAAAAGCUGGGAGGGGGCGAUGUGGAAGGCACUAUCUUGAGGACGGCAACAGCGUGUAAAUACGAGGCCAUUUUCUGGCGCGCGCGGCAACUUUAUUCCUUGGUUUCUUACCAAAGAGGAAGAACGAAGAAGAAAACAGAUGGGUUCUGAGAAUUAUGUGACGAGGAGCCGGCGGAGGGGAAGGGGGUGGUCUGCGUCGCUUGCUUGGGCGCUGGCAUCCCUUUCUGAUGGAGGCUUUAUUCUCUUUGCCUUGCCCAACUGCGGGUUAGGCCUUUGCUGAUGCGAAUUUAUGUGUACAUAUCAUUGAUUCAUUUAUUUAUUGGUAACUCCAGUUAGGUGAUCAUUCUUACCUGGGUGAUAGGUGAUCAGGGGUAAGUGCACGGUGAUGUAAAUAAGUGGAAACUUGGGGCAUGUGCAGCCUCUUCUUACUGUAAUCAGUUAAAACUAUAUUGAUUGAGAUUAUAAAGUUCUUAUUCUUUCUA